AUGGAAUCUUCCAAAGCAACAUUUUGCUCCUUGUCAGCUCUACUUGAACGGACUCAUUGUGAACAUCCCAAAGUCCCAUGCUCUUAUCUGGUACAACGUGCCACAGCACCUUGCAGUCAGAAAAUCAGUCAGAAGAAUUGCAAAUCUGCAAGCCCUUUCUUUCCCAUUUUGCUGAAAAUUCUUUCUCAAGUUCCCAACGAGGAUUAUAAAUUCUCCAAAGUUGUCAACGAGCUUGCAAAACUAUUUCUCUGUCGCAGUCAUUUGCUCCAUGUCAAGCAAGCCAGACGUCAAUGGCUUGGGGAAUUGAAUGACAAUAAAACGAAGCGUCAUUUGUUGCAAAGAUUGCGGGAGCUCUAUGAUACUGAGGCUGGUGACGGAUCCGAGGGGGCGGUAUCUGAGCAGGAUGAGUCCGAAGAAGACGACGAAUUCGAAGAAGAUCACGACAAUGAGGAUUUAGCCAACGAAAUUUCCGUUUGUUCUUUUGAAUCCUCGUUUAUCUUUGAAUCCUAUCACAAGAAUACAACACAGGAACAGGUGACAAGGAAAGUCACUGCUCUUGCGAAGCGACCACUCGGGAAGAUCUCCAAAUAUACUGGCUACAUAUACCUCUUUUCCACCAUUUACCCGGGGAUGGUGAAGAUAGGAUAUUCAAAACUUCAUCCCAAAGUGCAACGCCUUUCAUCCCACAGAGGGUGUUACCAGGUAAUCGACAUGAUUUGGGAAAAGAGCACAUCCAACGCAUUUCGGGUGGAACAGUUCGUGCUUGCAGAACUCUCCUCUGUGCACGGUAAGUUGAAGGAGAAGUGUCAAAAAUGCAAGACCCAUCACCGAGAAUGGCUUCAAAUUGAACGGGAAACACUCGAAAGAACUAUAUUGAAAUGGAUCGCAUUUGUUGACACUCAGCCGUACACCCGACAAGGAAUGUUGAAGAAAAACGCGGUAUUGCCCCCUCCUUUUAGCUCUGAUGGUGGCUCAGGAAGCGCUGCCCAAUCUACUCCCACAAAAGGGCCACGCCAUUCUUCUCCUCUUUCCAAGAUUCCGGAUGUGACCACCAAAUACGUGGAUUCUGAUGAAGAAGAGUACGACGAAGAGUCCGACGAAGAUUCUGAACAAGAGUCUGACGAAGAGUCUGACAAAUCUGGAGACGACACGGCAGUUCAUUCUUUGACCGAAAGAUUUCGUCAAGUACUUGUUUCCAAGGCUGAACGGAAGACUGGACGUUGA